AUGGCGCUCCUCAAGAGUGGUGGUGCACCGGAGGAUGGACGGAUGGGUGAGGUACGGCCGGGACCGGCCACCGUUUCGUACGCGUUCGAGAAGGAGCUGAUCAACCGGCAGAACCGGCACAUCCGGCUGUACGACAGCUUUCUGCCCAGUCUGAAGCGUGUGCCGAUCGCGAUCAAGUUCUGGUCCAAGUACGACUCGACGGCGGCCGGCCGGGCCAGCGGGCUGCCGAACUUUGAUCGCUACUGUGCGCUGGUGGAGAAAACGAUCGCCGAAGGACCCCGGGAUCGCUACCCGGAGCCCAUCACCGAGAGCCAGUGCUACGGUUGGCACCAGGAACCAUCGUUCGGGCGGCGGUCCGGUGAGGGUGAGCGUGACCGGCACCUGCACCAUCACCCGAAGAAGCGCUCCCAGAUCACGCUCGUCGGCGAGAAGAUCAACGCGGACCGCAUCACCCAGCGGCCACGCUUUACCGGUGUUCCCUUCAAGCUCACAUCCUGAUUCUGAUUUGCACACUCACAGCGAGAGAGAGAGAGAGACACUUUUAUUUACGCUGGAUCACAAUGUAUCGUGCACGUGAAGGAGGAAUAAAUUAGAGUUGAGCUCGUUAGCACAAGCAGACGCGCGUGCGCCAGCUAUUGCUACUGACAUGGUCUGUCGCAAAGUAAACAGAACUUUUCCCAUAGCACCAUUUCUAGUGGAAUGUGCGAAUUGAACUUGUUUGAAAGGUGCCUCUUCGAGGAAGCUUCAGUCCAAAUUUCAUGACAUUUGGUCCACCGGAAGUUGUGUUAUGGCGCCUAGAGUGACAGUAUGAUUGUGCCAGAUCCAGAUCAAGUGAUUACGGGGCCGGAUUGUUCGAUAAAAUGCAGUUUUUGGUACAGAAAAAAAAACAGUGUUGAGCGUGGAUCGAUGCGCAUUAUGGGCGCCAUCAAGCGCCAACUCCCUUCUUCGCGAUGUUUUUGCCACAAUCCGACGAAUAAGAUGCAUUGAACACCUUAAAAUAUCAAGAUAAUAUUAGGCAGUAACCGAUUGGCCCGAGCAUUUGUUUUUAAUUUGACAAAAUCCCGUAAUCAUUCAAUGCUUCCUGGUGUAAUCAUGGGGUCUUCACAACGGGAUUUGAAACCGCGUAUACUAAGGCUUGGAACAGCUUAAAUUUGGCCGCACUCUUCUACUCACUGCAGUACCCCCUGGUGGUCGCUUUGCUACUCUGUUGGUGUCUUUUUAAAGGUCAACGUCUUUUCUAUUAGUGAUAAAAAAUUUGCCAAAUUCGAACCAAACCUUCAAAAGUUAUCGCUGAUGGAACAGGAAGGGUGAAAAAAAGGUCUGC